AUGGACAAUACCAAUGAACACAAUAACGAUCGUUUAAAUCAAUUAAAAUCAGGUGCUACGUUGGUGAAACGAAAGAUCAAUGGAAGAAAAUAUUCACGACAGUUUUAUCUUAAUGAACAUGAAGAUUAUAUUUCAUAUAAGAAAUCACGUCGACUUUUUGGCAAACCUCGGAUAUAUUACGUCCGUGACAUUGAUGAAGUUCGAUCCGGUUUUCGUGCACACACAUUCGAUCAUUUGGUGAAACGGCGUCAUAUUAAGCCUAAUGAUGAAACUCGGGCUUUCUCCAUUAUGUAUAAUAAUCAUCGUAGCGAACUUCAUCUGUUGGCACCUAAUAAAGACGUACGAGACCUAUGGGCGGCAGGCAUACAAAACUUAGUUGAUCGACAUACCGGAAAAACUCUUCAUCAUCUGCUUCAGGAAGAAAAUUGGAUUCUGAAAUAUUUUCGAGCGGCCGAUCUUGAUAAAUCAAAUUUACUGUCAAAGCAAGAAUGUCGACGAUUAUUAACGAACUUUCUACAUGUUCAACUUCCGAAUAAUGUUUUUGAACAAAUUUUCAAGACAGCAGAUCAAAGUCAAGAAGGACUUCUCAGUCCUGACGAGUUCAUUGCCUUCUUUCACCUACUCACUCGACGAAAAGAUCUCUACCACAUCAUGCAACAACAUAUCGCUAAUGGACAAUCACGAACCAUUGAAGACAUUCAUAUGAACAUCGCAGAACUUCUCACAUUUCUCCAAACUGUUCAACAUCAAAUGAUGACAGUGACCACAAACUGGGACGAUGGAAAAAGUGAACUAUCAGGUGAAUAUAUCGAACGACCAGAACAAGUACAGAAGCUCAUCGAUGAGUUCGAACUGAACAGCGAACUGCGAGAACAAGGACUCAUGAGUCUGGAUGGAUUUCGCAACAUGCUGUUGUCGAGUGAAUUUGAUAUCGCCAAUCCACUUUUCACUCGUCAGAUCUAUCAGGACAUGACCAGACCGCUAUGUGACUACUACAUCAACACAUCACAUAACACAUACUUGUUCUACAGUCAGUUGAGUGGUGAAAGUAAUCCUGAAGCAUAUAAUCGAGCAUUGUUGACCGGUUGUCGAGCAGUUGAACUGGAUUGCUAUGAUGGAAGUGAUGGGCAGCCCAUCGUGACCCAUGGUUUCACACUAGUGAAGCCAUGUCGAUUCGAGUCGAUCAUUCGCUACAUGGAACCGAAUCUGUUCAAAACCUCGCCAUAUCCGGUGAUAUUAAACAUCGAGAAUCACUGUUCGACUGAACAGCAGAAAGAGAUGGCUCGAAUCUUGAAAGAAAUAUUAGGGGAUCGAUUGGUUACCGAGACGACAGUGGAUAAGAAUCCAGAAAAGCUACCAUCACCUGAAGAUCUCAAGUAUAAAGUUUUUGUUCGAAGUAAGAAACGCGAAAAAUCAAACAAGUCACAAUUAUCAAAGAAAAAACUUGAUAGCGACGAUAGAAAUGUUGAACUGCUAAGCGAAAGUAUCCAAGAUACAGUCACUGAUCUGUUUGUUUAUUUGCAAAAUGUAUCCUAUCGGGAAUAUGAAUACGCAAAAAUCCAUUAUUCGCCCUUGCAUUCAUCAUCUUUGGAUGAAACACGCUUCGAAAAAAUCUCUCGUGACAAUCCAGCUGAUCUUAUUCUUCAAACGACAUGGCGCAUCAUACGAACAUAUCCCGGUGGCCUAAGACAAGACUCCAGUAAUGCAAAUCCGAUCAAUUCGUGGAACUGUGGAGUGCAGAUGGCUGCUCUCAACUACCAGAACGAAGAUGAUAUUAUGCCAUUAUGCUAUGGAAAGUUUCUCGACAACGGUGGAUGUGGAUAUAUUCUGAAGCCGGACUAUCUGAUUAAUGCGCAGAACACGAAGUACAAUCCACUGAAUCCGAAAUCAGGUGUAGAUCUUAGUGAAACGUUGACAUUGACUGUGAUCAGUGCACAGUUUUUAUCUCGAUCUAACACAACUACAAUGGAUAUUCCGGACCCUUAUGUAAUUAUAUCGAUUGAUGGCGUUCCGUGUGAUCGACAAAUACAAAAAACAGCGGUUGUUAAUAACAAUGGUCUAAAUCCAAUUUGGAAUGAGAAAUUCAUAUUUGAAAUCAAGUAUCCGCAGAUGGCACUUGUCUAUUUUACUGUGCAUGAUUACAAUCCGAUCUCCGUAGAUGAUAAACUGGCCCAUUUUUGUUUACCUUUUAAAGCGAUGCAAACGGGCUAUCGCCAUGUUCAUUUACGUGGAAGUAAUAAUAAUCCAAUUCACUCGACUCUCUUUGUUCAUGUUGAAAUAGAAAAGGAUUGCGAUGAACUUUUUUCCGUACGAUUGUAA